CCACAUGUCUGCGACCCCCGCUUCACCAAUUCCAAUAAUCCUGUCGUGCCUGCUUGACUCUGAAUAUCGAUCAUCUCGGUCUCUAGCCAUUAGCGAAGCCCUAUCAUCCCCUGCGACCACCAUUCUGCAAUGCUGCAGUAAGUCGCAUCCUUUGGGCGGCGGGUGACAUGCAAAUCCCAGCAUCGCUGCCCCUGGGUGCAUAGCCAGCCAGAUC